AUGGUUCACUGGAAAUCUCAACGUACAUUCUGUUCCCACGCACACUAUGUCACCGACGUCGAAGGAAAGCUGGACGUGAGCGUAGCGGAAGCUGUGGGCGGCUCGUACAACGGCGUCUUUCCCGCGGGUCUUUUAACUACGCUGUCGCCGGCGCCUCACGAACUGCCGACGCUGAGACUGUAUCGCCGGAACACGGAGUUGCCGUGGAAGGUUUGUCGAGCAGAGCGCUGUGCGAUCAAUGAAUGUGUUGCUCAUGGAUCCUCAUCCGGGUCCUGGAUGGCCACCAGCCUCGAGGGGCGCAACAUGAGACUCCUGUCAGAGCUGGAGUUGGAGCGCCAGCUCGUGGGCCCCGGCGUGCGACGCGUGCAGGUGCGGGAGGGAAAGAUCCGCGGGGCCCUGUACCUUCCGCCUGGCCCCGGGCCUUUCCCGGGCAUCGUGGAUAUGUUCGGCACAGUCGGCGGCGUCAUGGAAUUCAGAUCAGCCAUGUUAGCAUCCAGAGGAUUCGCAAGCUUAGCCCUGGCCAUCUUCAACUACGACGAUUUGCCGAAAACGACGUCCCGCAUCGACCUCGACUACUUCGAGGAGGCCGUGGAAUACCUGCUCUCCCGGCCGGAGGUCAUUCCCGACCGGUGCGGCGCCGUGGCCAUCAGCAAGUCGGGGGACAUCGUGUUCAGCAUGGGCACGGCCUUCCCCGCCGUGAAGGCCGUUGUGGGCAUAAGCUCGUGUACUAUGGUGUUCCAUUCGAAGUUCUUCUACAAGGGCAAGUUCUACGGCAAGGGCGUGGAGGUGCCCUUGUCUUUCAUGAAGCGAGACGAGGCCGGCGCUGUGUCCGCCGACAUGACCUACCUGUUCGACCCGGACAACCCGCUCAUGAUCCCCGUGGAGCGCGCCGACGACGAGACGCACUUCCUGGUGGCCGUGGGCGACGACGACCCGUGGGGCUUCCGCGCGAGCAUCCCGGCCUUCCGCGAGCGGAUGCUCCGGAACAACAGGAGGAACUUCGAGACCAUCCUGUACCCGGGCACGGGGCACAUCAUCGAGCCUCCCUACGGCCCGCUCAUCCACAGCUCCUUCCAGCGCCACAUUCCCAGCAAGGAGCGCCACGAGGAGUUCGACAAGGGCGCGGCCAUGAAGUGGGGAGGGAAGCCCAAGCCGACGUGCGACGCCCAGGUGGACCUGUGGCGCCGCAUGCGGGCCUUCCUCAUGCAGCACGUCCGGGACGAGAGCCACUGGUACCAGGCGUAUCUCCAGGAACGAAGAGGAUAG